AUGAGAUCCCACUGGGUCUUUCCCCUCUACUUUACCGCUCUCGCGGCCAGUACCCCGAAGCCCGACCACAAACCCGAAUCGAUCAGCUACAUCACACUCGAGGAGCAUUGGGCCUCUCCCCCUCUCUACUCCUACUUCCCUACCGUCCGCUCGCCGCUGCCCCCGCCUGUUCUCAGUGCAACCCUUGUCAGUCUCCAAGAAGUCGGUCCAGUUCGUCUCGCAUCCAUGAAGAACAACUCCAUCUCUCUCCAGCUAUUCUCCCGCAUCAAACCCUGCCCUGCCAAUUUCAGGGGUUUCUGCGUGCUCCCAAUGGCCCUUCCUGCUGAAGCGGCCAGCCAGCUGAAGACAUGUGUUCAGGAGUAUGGCUUUGUUGGCGCCUUGAUUGACGCAUAUGUUGUUCAGCCUUCCGGCGACAAGUAUCAGUUUUAUGAAGGAAGGGAAUAUGAUGAAUUCUGGCUAACCGUUCAGGAGCUGGACGUUCCGGUAUAUCUGCAUCCUUCCUUACCGUCGUUAGAUGAGGUGUUUACUCCUGGGGAACUGUAA